UGUGAGUGGGAAUAAUAUUCACCUUCUGUAAUCUACCUGCUGUGUGGAGGAGCUGCAGGUAAACAGACUGAGACAUCCAGGUGUAUCUGCUGCUGCUGCCGCCGCCGCCGCCGCCGGAUCUCCUCAGGAUCCAGGCCGAGGGAGGCGGUACUGAACUCUAAGCCUCAGAGAGAGAGAGAGCGCCGAGGAACCGGAGGAGCCGGAGCCGGGGUUCCCACUUCACACCGCGGACCGUUUCACUGAGAUUUCUUCGGGAUUUAGAGAACUGCUAUGGCUUCAAGAGCCGGACCAAGAGCGACUGGGACAGAUGGGAGUGACUUUCAGCACCGGGAACGUGUGGCUUCACACUAUCAAAUGAGUGUGGCCCUGAAGUCCGAGAUUAAGAAGCUGAACCUGGUCCAUGCUGUGUUGUGGGCGCUGGUUGCGGCUCAAGUUCUGGUCAGCCAGCUGAACCUGGUCUCCCACAGAGUGGUGGCCAGUCCAUACCAGUGGGAGUACCCCUACCUUCUCAGCAUCAUCCCCACGGCCGUGAGCUUCAUGGCGCUGCCGCGGAACAACAUCAGCUACCUGGUGAUCUCCAUGAUCAGUGCCGGGCUCUUCUGCGUGGCGCCGAUCAUUUAUGGCGGCAUGGAGAUGUUUCCUGUGGCCCAGCAGCUCUACCGCCACGGCAAGGCCUACCGCUUCAUUUUCGGCUUCUCCGCCGUGUCUGUCCUCUACCUGCUGAUGGUUAUAGCUGUGCAGGUGCACGGCUGGCAGAUCUACUACAGCAAGAAGCUGCUGGACACCUGGUUCACCACCACACAGGACAAGAAGAAGAAAUAAAUAAAUCGAUAAAACGAUAAUCCGUAUUGAACGCUUUGCUUCGUUUGCCUGUUCUUCACUAAGGAGAGUCCACUGGAUCACCUGAACUCCUGUUUCUCCUGAUCUUAAGAGGAGAUAAAUCAGGAACGCCUGAUCUCGCCACAAUGAGCUCAACUUAUUUCUCUUUUCCAAGGUUAUGACCUUGUCUGAUAACAGUAAGGCCAGAUUAGGACUUUGAGACACUUUCACUUUAUGAACUAAAGCAGCGUGGAGAAUGUGCCUGCGAUGGGUAGCUUUAACAGGCUUCAGACUGCAUCACCAGCAUCUCAUGUAUGUUUACUGUGUUCUCUGGUUAAACUGUAGUUUAUGGAGCAUCUUCUGUACAUGCUUCAGGUGUUCCUGAUGUUCUGAUGUGAUGCUUCAAAGUCCUUUUCCCUUUGUUUAUUCAACUCUUUUUCCAGGUAUGACCAUGUGCCCAAAACUGUAACUUCCCGAGUGGAGACCAGACCAGACCAGACUUUCUCUGGAAUAUGUUUGUUAAUUGAUGAACAGGCAAGAACUGGAGAAAAAAAGACUGAUUAUUUAAAAUAAACAUAAUUUU